AAACACAACUAUAGGUCAUUAUACUCCGUAGAUUGAUACAAUCCGCUUGUAAGAUGUUUCUUAGCCUUCUGCACACACUGUACAUGAGAUAGACCUGUGUAAUUACAUAGUGGCGGCUCCUUUAACUCCACAUUUGGUGUAAGUACUGCACAGUACGACUAUGAACGACAUGGGGAGAUUCAGUAUGUAUAUCGCGUGAGUCAAGUCGGAUCUGGAGCACGAUGGCUCACCCUGGAUACGUUCUCUCGGCACCUUGAAGAAUUUCCAAUCUUUAAAGUCCCAGUUCCCAACUUGAAUUUACCAGCCAUUGGCCCGUUGUGCCUACUCCAUAUACCUAGUCACCAAGUCUACCAUGUCUGUACCACGAUCGGAGCUCAAGUUUCGAGCACCGCCCUCGAUGCAACUGAGUGACGGCUCUGCAGACUCGAAGACAGCACCACCAACACCUCUUUCAUUUAGUCCAUCAACUGAAAGAGCGAAGAAUCGUUUCGCAGUCGCAGGGAACGUCGUCAUCACGGGUGGUGCCGGAGACAUCGGCUCAGCUGCGUGCAGGGCAUUGUUGGACCAUGGACUCUGUGGGCUGGCCAUCUUUGACCUCUCCGAGGAUUCUGGGCAAUUGUUGGUGCGUGAGUUGAUGGCAGAGUAUCCAGGCGCUGUCAUCGCUUUCUUCACUGUGGACGUCACAGACGCAGACGCAGUCAAUGCUGCAGUUUCUCUGGCCGAGGAAAAGGUUGGCCCUGUCCAGACGUGUCUCUGCUUCGCAGGAAUUGCAUUCGCAACACACGCUCUGGACAUAUCGCCUGAUCAAUGGAACAAGAUGCUUGGGGUGAACGCUACUGGUGCCUUCCUCGUUGCGCAGGCCGCAGCCAAGGCAAUGGUGGCCCGCGGGACUGGCGGCAGCAUCGUGCUCAUGGCCAGCAUCUCGGCGCACAUUGUCAACUUUCCCCAGCCUCAAGUUCACUACAACGCGGCCAAGGCGGCAGUCUUGUCGAUCAAGAGCUCUCUUGCUGCGGAGUGGGCUCGUUACGGCAUCCGCGUCAAUAGCAUCAGCCCUGGCUACAUGGACACCAUCCUAAACGAAGGCGAAGGUCUUGCUGAGCAUAGGAGGAUCUGGGCAGAGAGGAAUCCGUACGGUCGUUUGGGGAAGCCUGAAGAGCUUACUGGUGCAAUUGUCUUGCUUGCGAGUCAGGCAGGGAGCUACAUGACGGGCGCAGAUAUCUUGGUCGAUGGCGGAAUUAGUGUUUUCUGAGAAAGUCUACAUGUACAUGUAUGUUUGACUCAAGUUCAAUGGGAAAAUUCAACAACAGGAAGUGGCCUCCCUCACUUGAAGGAUCCCAGAAAGCUCCCGUGAAUAUGAUUCUAGUAAGAGUAUUGUUAGCAGUGACGUAGAACUUGGCUUGCAUGCUGGGGCUGAUCCCCACUGCUUCUCGUUGGCCGUCAGGGGUUACAAACCUGCGCAGUUGAUCAUGAACGGCCGUCUUGACGGGAAGCAGCUGCUGUUUGGGGUGGCAAUCUUGACCCUACGGACCAAAAUCGUACGAGGAAGGCUGGCACGCACCCUGCCCGUGACACAUAGUACUGUACAGUACGUGCAUUAGCUUCCCAAACUCCAUGGAUCCCCAAAGCCCUCGAGCCGAUGGACGCCUCUCGCCCAGUCCCGCUCAGUAA